UGUUGUUCCUGAUGAGAGGACGAUUGGUGAUAUGAGACUUUUUAAAUUUGGAAACCCAUUAAGCAAUGGUAACCCUAAUUUGAGACUUCCAAUUAAUUUUGGCCCUGAUGUUGAAAUUGAAAAACCAAAAGUUGAUGAUAGGCGUGUUGUCCCUGAUGAAAUAGCUGUUGACCCCAUUGACAAAGGUGUUGUCCCUGAUGAGAGAACCAUUAGUGACAUGAAGCUUUUUAAAUUUGGAAAGCCAUCUAGCAAUGGUAACCCUAAUUUGAGACUUCCAUCUAAUUUUGGAAGACCAUCUCCCCCUAAUGUUGAAAUUGAAAAUCCAAAAAUUGAGGCUGAUGAAAUAGUGGUUGACCCUGAUGAUAAAAGUGUUGACCCUGAUGAUAAAGGUGUCAACCCUGAUGAUAGAGGUGUUGAUCCUGAUGACAGAGGUGUUGAUCCAGAUGAUGGACCACCUGUCACUAACUACAUUGAAAAACCAAAAGUUCCAAGAGUGAACCCAAUCCCAGCCAGGUUCAGGUUCCUAACACAAGACCUGUCAUUUGGGCCACCAAAAAGGCUUACCAACAGGAAACCCCUAAGAAACAAAAUCGCUAAAAUUGGAAAACGUGGUAAGAAAACCCAACCAAGAAGACGAAAAUGGUAAGAAAGUUUAAAUUGGAGUACAGUUGAAUGAGAAUGUCCAUUGCACCCAGGAAAACAGGGAUCUGAAAUCCUUUCGAAAUUUACUAGUAAAACAAUUAAAUUCUUGUGAAUAUGUAAUAAAAGCAAAUGAUGGAAAAUG